CGUCAAGACCUCGGGGCAAGUUUAUCAACUUCGAGUUCGUUUCGUUUACCUGUGGAAACUCUAUUACUUCAGAACAUAUAUAAAUAUAUAUUAUAACUUAGCCUUAAUCGUAGAUACCUUGUCAUAUAUGAAUCUAUGCUCUGCGUACCAGAAACAAGGGGUCGAGAGUACAGUUAUAAAAAUCGAACACCCUCAAAGACUUUUUAUUUUCCCGCCUCGGGUUUUUAUGAGUUGGGUUGGUUGGAAUUUCAUCUUGCCCCGAGAUAUGGCAUUGAAGAGUGGCUGAGGGUGAAUGGCAAGAAGAGCGAAGAAAACCGACCUGCUCGUAGACGAGUCCGUGAAGGUUUUCUUCUCGGUUACACCUAACAGAGGCGCUGUACUUACACCUUGCGUCUAGUGAAGACGAACCACUCAGUCUUUCUUCUUCUUUUUAGUUGUGAAAUUGCAGCUUUAUAAAGAGAAUAUUAUGUCGAAUUAACACUUAUAUCUUUACGUGUCUGACGAAAAAUAAGUGUAGUGUUUGAAUUUACAAGAAGUGAUCCAAUAGUGUUUAAAGAUCAGCAAUUUAUAGGAUCCUAGAAUCAUUUCGAGCGAAACGAGAAGAUUCUUCUACGAUUUUCAAGAUUUGCAUUUCGUUGAUGUAGACGUGACUUGCCAACUUUUGUUUGCCAAUACAGAAAGAAAUCCUGUGUGAAAAUACAAAUCGUUCAGAGAGUGUGAAAUUAUAUUUCGAAACUCUAUUGAACGAUUUUAUAUGUUUUUUCCUAAGGAAUAACAAAAAUUCUGGAACUAAAUCGGACGUUCUGAUAAUGGUGAAAUGUGGGUAUGGCCUUUUGAUUACUGUUGCCGAGCUAUUGUUAUUUGGAGUACUUGGGCUCUGUCUCUUCUGGAUCAUUCACUAUGGAGGUGGUGUUGCCUGGACCCAAGAUGUUUCCAAGCAAUUUAACUUACAUUACGUUCUAAUGAUAGGUGGAUUUAUUUUCUUUAAUGGACAAGCAAUCCUUGCAUACCGUUGUUUCUCUUGUUGCAAGAAGAUUUACACCAAAGUGGUUCAUUCGGCCUUGUUCGUCUUAGCCAUAUCGUCAGUCACAGUCGGCCUGGUGGCAGCAAUCCAAGCCAACGAAAACUCUACACACUUCUACAGUCUUCAUUCAUGGAUUGGACUUGCUACUAUUGGGAUGUUUGCCCUCCAGUUUCUCGUAGGGUUCGUGUCAUUUUUGGUGCUCCUGUGCUGUGAAAAUGCCACUGCUAAAUUUCGACAGCGUCUGUUACCAACUCACAUUACAUUUGGAUUAAUCAUCUUUGGUAUGGCUAUAGCAACAUGCCUGACAGGCUUGAUGCAGACAGCUCGUCACAGACUAAGUGGAGAAGACAACAAGGAGAACUACAAAGACCUAUCAGAACAGGCGUUAGUUAUCAACGUUCUCGGUGUUUCUAUAUUGGUAUUGGGUGUCUUGAUCACCUUCCUGAUUCGGAACAAUAGUUUUAAGCGUUAUGCUACACUCACUAUAAAUUGACAUGUCGCACUAGUGCUGCCAAAAACGUCAAAUAUUCGCAAUUAAUUGAACCUGAAAGCUGUGCUCCUAUGAUAAUGAGCACCACAGCUAACACUGCAUUCAUUUUAACCGAACUAUGAUAUAAGCGUUACUCUAAAUAACAGUUGAAAUUCGACCAUAAAACAAUUACUUUCAUGGCCAAUUUAUCUGGCAUUCUAAGACCAACAAAUCUUAAACAUAAACGUUCGCAUAAUAAUUUAAACAUACAACAUAACAGUAAACUUCCUGUAAGAGUAACAGAUUGUCUUGUACUCCUAGGUUUAAGUAUACUGGUGAUAAUCGUUAAUCUUAGUAUUACAACUGUAAUAAAACGUUAUUCUCAACACACACACACACACAAAGACAUUUAAAUAUUUCUCAUCACAAAGUUGAUCUUAUAAUGAUUAUUAUUUUUCCAAAUUCAACUUUACCCCUGUUUUUAACAUUAGUCUUUCAAGAGAUUUUUUAUCCUCAACAGAAUUCAACAUCAAAAUUAUUACUGUUAUCAAAUAAUUCUGAUUUUAACAAUAUCCCCAUUAGCAUCUGUAUCUGACUAAUAUUACUUUAUCGUCUUGAGAAUCUGAUAGCAGUGUUAUUCUACUGACUCCAUUUUACGACCAGCGAAAUCCGUCAUAUUACCCUUAACACCAGCGAAUUCUAGACGCUAUAACAACUCUUCUUACCAUCUAUAGUUCCCCCCGGAGACUCAUCCUUAAUCUUGAGAGCUUAUGACGCUAAAAUUUCAAGUUUCAUCUCAAUGGCAGACAGCCCAUUAUUUAUUUUUUGCUCCUACAGAACCCAACAGACUGUGAAAUGUUCUACAUUAUUUGAAUAUUUACAGCUAAAUGAUGAUUCGAAAGAUUGAAUUCAUUUCAACUGAAGUAUGAAGCUAAAGUUCCAUAUAUCUAAGUGACUCUCAUAAGUUAUUUUUACGGUGUGAAAACAACGACUAGACACUAAAUUUCACUUUCAGCGAAUCACUAAAUGUAGGUGUUCACUUAGUCAUUACAAUUAUAUUACCUGAAAUUACAAGUGAUCUUAUAAACUAAAAUAAUAUUAUAUUCGGCUGAUUCACGGUGAGCUAUAAAUAAUGUCAAUAUAGCCAUGCACCAUCAACUGACUAUCCUCAAAUUUUCGUAAAACGUAACUCAAUCUCACGUCUCAUCUGGUGCUAGAUUCUGCGUUCGAUUAUCAAUGAUAAUCAGAAAAUGAAUAUAUAAUACAAGAUGGUUAAUUUUCAUCUAAGAUGUUGACAAUGACACCAAUUAGUGGUAUGUUUAAGUAUACGUCCAGGAGUGUAUAAAUCAGUAUCGUUUCUUGUAUAUGAUUCAACCCUCUUUAUUUUACAAUCAUGGUAGCUAAAAUUACAAGACCUUGAGAUCGAAUAAUUUAUUUUAUCGAUUUCAUAAAUUGUCAGCUGCAUGUAGAUCUGUAUAUGUAUAAAAAUAAGAAAAUAAGCGUAAUUCCGCUGAAAUUCACUUUCAAAUAAAUUUCUGAAUUAAGACAGUAGAGUUAACAUCUUGUUUUGUAAAAGUACGUAUAUAUUUUUUAUUUAUCAACAUAUUUUUUGAUUUAAAUGUCUUAUGUGAUUUUAAAUUAUCGCUUAGCUUUUAUAGUUAUAUAAUCUAGUUUUAUUUUAAAAUGAGAAAGAUUUGACAAGUUUUAGUUGAUUUAGUUGAAAUUGGUAAAAAAUAGUAUAACAAACAAUUAUUUGUUGAGCGAGGUAUUUGUAAUUUUGGAUGGAAACAUGACAAUUUAUUGACUAUUAGAGCUUUAAAGCUUUUAAAUAACGUUUACAAAUGGUUAAGUUUUUGUUUUAAAUCACCACAUUUUAUGAAGUAGAAUAAUUAUUGACCCAUCGAAGCAAGCCCUUAAUUUCAUAACGAAAACUAAACUCUCACGAGACUAGAACUAAUGAACAGUUUUGUUAUAUUGGUUAACAGUAAUAGAGAAGAGGAUGAACUGAUAAUUUACGCGAUUUAAACAAAAACCGCUAAAAUCUUUCAAAACUAAAUAAUUUAUUCUUCCGAAAGGUUGCCCCACCCCAAUUGCUCAGCGAUAAGUCUGAAGGUUUAUAGCGCUAAAACCCGUGUUUCGAUACCAGUGGUGGGCACAGAGAAGAUAGCCCAAACAAACAAAUCCUAAAGGUUGCUUAAAAUAUAUCAUUGCUAUUUCCGAAGUUCCAGAAACAUUAUUUUAAAGUCUGUGAAAAGUGUGUUAACAAAUCUACGUUUUUAAAAGUAUUGCUGAAAAGGUAUUACUAUUAUGUUAGAAAAUGUGAUUUGUAGUAGUAUUUUAACUUGUACUCUUAUUAAAGUGAAGAUGUUUUAAUUAUGAUAAUAACA